AUGGCAUCACUUGACAACAAAUCCCUAUGGUCUGAAAUUGACAUUCUGAAGUUGCUAGAAUGCAUGAAGAAAAAUAUCACAUCAGAUGACUCCAGAGACUUCAAAGCCAGCCAGGCAGACCUAGACUGGAACAAUAUAGCUUUUGGACGGUUUUCAGGUGAAAUGUGCAAACAGAAAUGGAUGGAGAUUUCUUGUAAAUUAAGGAAGUUCCGCACACUGACAGAAUUAGUGCUGGAAGCUAAGGAACUGUGGACAAGAGCUCACAAAAAUAACACAAUCAAGCACAAUCCUGACAGACCCAAAAGACCCUUGACUGCCUAUCUGCGCUUUUACAGGGAGCAUAGAGCCAAAUACUGUCAGAUGUACCCUAGGUACACCAACGCACAGCUGACCAAAGUUCUCGCUGAAGAAUACCGUCAGCUGCCAGCUGAGGCAAAAGAGAGAUAUGUCCAGGAUUUCAAGAAAGAGAAGCGAGCCUUUCAGGAAAAGAUGGCUCAAUUAAAGAAAAAACAUCCUUUUUCAGGGCAUCCUAAGAAAUCUGUGGUACCACGGAGUCACCAAACCAAAGACUCUAAGAAGUCACAAGGAGAUAUGAAAACUGUAAAGCCUCUUCUAAACACAGAAAUCCCCAAAACAUUUUCCUUGGCUAUGCAAUUUCAGGGAGAACCCAGGAAACCUCCUAUGACUGCAUAUCACAAAUUUCAUCAAGAUUCAUGGUCAAGUCCAGAACUGAGGCAUUUGUCCUUUAAGGAGCGUUGGGUAGAGAUUAGCAGGCUUUGGCAUCGAGUCCCGGAGGAGAUGAAGGAGCAUUAUAGCAGGCAGGCUGUGGAGCUACAGAAACAAUACUGGAUGAAGCUGGACCUCUGGCUCAAGGGACUGUCUCCAGCGGAAUGCGCUGCAUACAAAAAGGCAAGGGCCACCUGGGGUAAGGGAAAGAUCAAGCUCAUGUCUGGAGACAGAAGCCCCAAGUUUGAACGAACAGAAGAUCUGCAGUCUGCCUCAGAAAAGGGGCUUCAAGCAAAGCCUGGAGAGGUAGAGGAGCUGCUAGAUUGGAGGACAAAUUCCUCAGAGACUAAUAUUGGCCAUCAUGGUGACUUCCAGGCAUCCAUGGAAGAUAUGACAGAUGACAGUGAGGAUGAAAGCUCUAGCAACGCCUCAGAUUCGAGCAGUACAGAUGAAGACGAUUAA